UUUUGGGGGUUUGAGUUAGGUGUACCCAGAGUGAUUGAGUAGAGAACCUAAAGCAUAUAAAUGAGACUCACUCACUCUGUAAGCUGGACACGAGUCAUCACCAGAACAACACAAUAGCUCGUCAGCUUUGGCGGGGUAAGGAAUCAGGAUGUUUAGGAGAGUCGCAUUUUUGUUGCUGGUUGGAUUGGUGUCAUGGGCUUAUCAGGCCACCCAACCGCCCCCUCCCAAGAUUUGUGGUUCCUCUGGUGGUCCACCCAUCACAGCUUCUAGGAUAAAGCUAAGAGAUGGAAGAUACUUGGCCUACAAGGAGCAUGGUGUGUCGAAACAUGUAGCCAGAUAUAAGAUUAUCUUUGUUCAUGGCUUCAGUUCUUCCAGACUUGACCCAGUUGCGACCAUACCCUCACAGGAAUUUAUCCAAGAGUUAGGGGUACACAUUGUGUCUUUUGACAGACCAGGCUAUGGUGAAAGUGAUCCAGAUCCUAAACGAACAGUGAAGAGUGUGGCUUUGGAUAUAGAAGAGCUUGCUGACCAGCUCAGAUUCGGAUCCAAAUUUUAUGUAGUCGGUUAUUCUAUGGGUGGACAGGUUAUCUGGAGCUGUCUUCAGUACAUCCCUCAUAGGCUUGCUGGAGCUACACUGUAUGCUCCUGUUGUUAACUACUGGUGGCCGGGCUUUCCUGCAAACUUGUCAGCAGAUGCGUACUAUAAACAACCCCUCGGGGAUCAGUGGGCUCUUCGAGUUGCUCAUUAUAUACCAUGGCUAACAUACUGGUGGAACACUCAGAAAGUAUUUCCUUCAUCAACCGUUAUAGCUCGUAAUCCAGAGAACUUCUCCAGUCAAGACUUGGAAAUACUAAGGAAUAUGCAGGCUUCUGGUAUACUAAGGCCUCAUGCAAACCAGCAAGGGGUAUACGAGUCGAACCAUCGUGACUUGAUGAUUGGAUUUGGGAGUUGGGAGUUUGACCCUAUUGAAAUCAAGAACCCUUUCCCCAACAAUGAAGGGUCAGUCCAUCUGUGGCAGGGUGAUGAAGAUAGGCUUGUCCCGGUUGAACUUCAACGCUAUAUUGUGGGGAAGCUUCCAUGGAUUGACUACCAUGAAUUACAAGGUGCUGGGCACUUGUUUGUAUAUAAUGAUGGUAUUAAUGAAGCUAUGUUAAUGGCAAUGCUUACUGGGGAAAAGUAGGGUAUUCUUAAUACAGGACAUCUCUUCUUCUAAUCAUACAUUCUUCAGGAUUUUGAAUUGUUUUUGAAACAGACAGAAUCAAACAUUAAUAUUGGUUAUUACUGUUAUAAAUAGAGGGAGUGUGAUUGUGAAAACAAAGCGCAAGGAAUACUCAUGCAUGGUGAAAACAAGGGAUAUG